UUUUCCUUUCUUUUGUUAAUAAGGUGUAACAUUUAUAUUAAGAGAAUUUUCUGCACUCUUACCAAGCACUUGAGUGCUAUGGGUGUUAACUGAAUCAAUUUUCAAGGUUUGAUCGUUUGCAUUUCAAGCCUUUAAUCAUUUUUUUUGUUUGUGUUGAAUUUAUAAAAUUCUACAGCCUACUGGAGAAUCUGUAUGCUCGUGAGUUAUAGAGGACUAAGACACUUCACUAAGCAUUUCCUGUGGCAUAAUUAUUCUAGGUAAAUAAUUAGCAGUGCUUUCUGUACACAAGAUGACGAAUGGGUCAACCCAGAGCUCAGGAAAGGCAAUAAAUCCUGUCACCAUACUAACACAGCCCACUGAGGACACGAAUGCACAGAGGAUAGAGGUGCAAGAGGAGAAAGUGAAUGGCAAGGGAGAUCCUAUCAGUUUGGUUAGUGCGGCCAGGUUAAAUCACUUCCAGUACUCCCAGUACCCUGAACUGGGUAGUGCCACUGUCCACUUACACCUCCUCGUGGUUUGAAGGCCAAGGGGAAAGUACACAUUUAGACUGCAAACUGUACACGUUCCAGGUUAAAGCUCUUCCUUUCUCCUCCUCUGCACCUGCAAAAAUGGCAGUACCUAUUUUAAGAAGAAAUAAACAGCUGAAAUUUUCAGCUUUUACACAGCUCCUACCCAAUCCCCCCACCACCAGCCUCCCGCAGAUCAUCUAACCUGGCAGCAAUGCCAGGAUCUGUGCAAGAGAUGCCGCCUUUGAACUGCAAGCAGGUGGUGCCAUCAGUCCACUCCAGCUGCACGCCUUUCACCUGCACCACACCAAGCCAUGCAUUUGCACUGAUUUUGAGAUGAUAAAAAGGACAGCUAUUUGAAGGUGUAGGCUGGUUGAAUUGCUUUCCAAAGCCUCUGAGAUCUGAGUGGGUUUCAAAGCUAACACUGAUUCAACAAGCAGAAAUGGCAAUUGUGUCAGCACAUAAUUCUAAGCAGACAGAGCUCAGAUGUGAAGUCUUCCUCUGAAUUCAAAUCAUCAUCAGCUCUUUUUUUUUUUCUAACUUUCUUCUGUGGUUUGCAUUGCAGUAUUCCCUACAAGUCUCAGCAGCAAGUCCAUACACUGCACACACACCAUAAACUUGUGCACCGAUAUCUUUUCAUCCUCAGGCUGUAGAUUAUUAUUCAUGCAAGAAAAGAUGAGUCUAAUUACUUCUGUUUUUUUGUUUGUUUGUUUGUUUUUUCAGUCCUUACUGGAAACAAAUCCUUCCUCACUCCCACUCUGUAAACUAUUUUACUUUUUUGAUACCAGUAACACAUCUUACUCAAACCCUGUUUUUUUUCAGCAGAAGCUUUCAAAUCUUUGUUUGGAACACAGGGUCCUCAGGAGAGGCAUCAGCAGCUGAGGGACCUCAGUGCACCUGGACACCAUGAACCAGGGACCGGGGUAGAAUUAAGGCCAGCUCUCCUUGUUCCUUGACUUUAGCUGUACUGUCCUGUGUAACCUUCCAGGUGAGGCUCCUUUCCAAACUGAAAUGAAGGUGGAAAACCAAAGAUGCAGUCACUGCUGACAUCUGAGCUCUGUUUACCAGUGAGGAAGAGGAAGGAGCUUGUAUUUAGAGCUCGAAGUUCAGGAGCCAAUAACUCUCAGCUGUCUGUAACAUACUGACAUCUGGCUGAAAGUCUUGGCAGUUCACUUGGGCAGUGCUGCAAUGCUCCUGCUGCUCUUGGAGGAGAUAAACAGAGCCAGACAGGUGCCGGCUCUAUAAAUGGUUUGCACCCACAGAGCACAUCAGGCCUCCUGACAGAUACGUAUCCUGCAGGCUGAUGCCAUUUGUUCCAUUGUAGUCUCGGUGAUACGGUGAUGUUUGAAGAUUAAGUAGGCUUUUCAAGCAGGCUUUUAACUCUCUGAGACAGUCCUUUCUAAUAGCACAUUCUUGUACAUUUUGAAUUAGGGAUUUAUUUUCUCUAUUUUUAUCUGAUCCCUUGCUUCAGACUCAUUUUCAUAGUCUAAUCUGUGAUCUCACCCAGAAGGACCUUUUUCAGGAGAUAAUUUUGAUAAUUGUUUGUAUUCAGGUUCCUACCAAUUUGAAUUCCUCAAGGGAAAAUUCUCCCCAGGAAAUCUAUUGGUGUUCAAAGGGUCGGCUUUGGAGGCUCUGAAGAUCCACAUCUCAACAUUUUAUCUUUCCAAGACGGAGAAACCAAGACUUGCAUAAUUUUCUAAUGGCAAGUCUUACAAUUUUGGGUUCUCCAUUUCUUCCUUUUGAAGUAACUGUAAGUCUGAUCAAACCUGGUCUUUUUCAUCUCAUUUUGUUUGUUUUCUUGCCUCAGAAAUUAUCGCAUUUUUCCAAAGAACUUUGGAACAAAAAGUACCGUUUAUGCGUGGAUAAUGGACAGUGUAUUAAAUGACUGAUGGUCACCUUAAUUAGAUCUAAGAUGCCUUAGGUCUACCAUGUGGGAUAAGACAUUUGAACUAAAAGAUGUACCAUGCUACCCAUAAGGUGACAAAGUUAGACCAAAACUAUAACUCAGUCUUUUCGGUCUGUUGCAUCUAAUGUAAUGUUAGGGCACUUGUGAUAAACUCAUCACCACCACACUUCUUGAGUGAAAGAAGACCAUAGGAAACAGUUCUGUGUGGCUCUAAGAGCAAUGGGGAGGCAGCAGCCACUGCCCGUGACAUUUUGGAGAAGUGCAGAAACAUUUUUGACAGUUAAGAACUGGGGAUGAUUUCUUUCUUGUCAUUUGAUGGGUUACUUCUUACUGUCAUUAAGUUCAGCCUCCCAAGGUGAGUAGGACCACUUCACACGCUGCUCAGCUUAUCUGGAGCUGUGUGCUACGCACUUGGAACAGAUGGGUGAUUUUUUUAAAGCACGGCAUGGAGUCUGGAGGAGGUAAAGCUAUGAGGAAAUCAAUAUCUGGGAAAUUGCUGCAGGAUCCUAACAUUGUGUCCUUCAUCAGCAAAGGACCAGCAGUGAAAUAUAACUACCUGUCCUGUGCCUCACCCAGGAUGGUCACAUCUACACAGAUAUGACUCCAAAAUCCAGCAAAAGAUACCUGUGGUGGCCUGUACAUGGCCAUAGACUCUGUUGCUCUACACCAAUGUAGGGUUAGGAAGAAAAGGCAGCUAUCCACUGUGGGAAGGCACCAAAGCAGGAAAAUAAUAUAUAAUAAAACCAAGACAGGAAAUCCUGGGGACAGAACAGCUGCUCUGUUCAUACUAUUGGGGAACUCCUAAGCUGUUUUUACCCAAUAGAGCCUGGAGGGCUUUUAGAAAUUUCUGCUGCCUCCCACAGUUGACCUGGUCACAAAGAGCUUUUUGUUGUGAGGCCUUCUUGGGUCCAGCUGUGCAUGACAGAAGCCCAGUCCAAGCAGAACAGGGAAACCCCUACCACCACAGAGAUUUUUACAUAGCCUUCUUUGACAGCAGCUCACUUAAGAUAUAAAUGUAGAUUAUAGCCCUCAUAAUCCAAGCUGGGCAGCAGGCAGCUAUAAAGAAAUCAAUUAUCGACUGAUUCCCUUUGAACUGAGAGAUAUUGCCCUGUAUCUUACAGCAGCUCUGUGUAAGGCAGUGGGCCGGGCAGAUCGAGAAUUAGCUCAAAAACAAUCUAUAGGAUAAUAUCUUGGAACAGCACUGGCUCUCAACUGGUUUAACAGUGUGGUCUGAUUCAUCUGUGCAGCCAGCGUAGCACCAAGACAGUGGAAGAAAAAUAAGCCACGCUGAAAAAUUGGUGCACCUGGCCUCACACAUCAGAGAACAUGAACAGAUUGUUUCAAAAAUACAGACAAAAAUCCUUUUCCAGUUGCAGAAACAGGGCACAGGAGUGUGCAUCAGUACAGCAGUUUUGGAAAACCCUGCUCUGUGCUAUCCAAGAAUACCUUUCUCCAGUGUCCAGAGUAAGGAUGAUGCACAUCUGUCUGCCUGAUCUUACAGCAGACCCUCUCCCCAUGGGCGGGCUGAUACCACUUCUCACAGCUGUAAGGGAAGCAGCAGUUCUCACUUCUCUUCAUGGAGCUGUUUUGUUUUUGAAUUGUAUCGGAAGUUCUCUGGUCAGCUGCUUACUUGAGGGCCAACUCCAGCUCCUGCUUUGCUCCUUUCAACCCUUCUUGAUCUCUUAGGGAAGUUGCCUGGCACUGAUUUACACCAGAGGGAAUGCGAGCCCCCAGGGCAUGUCGAGACUGGAGGUUACGGUCUAGGUACAGAGUGACUGUUGUUUAAUCCUUUGUAGAUUUGGCAUUCUGAGCUCACUCACACCUCGCUGCUCACUGGGUUACUGCUUACCAAGACCUUCCAGUCACUGCUCCACUAAGAAGCAAGCCUCAGUGACAAUGCCAAUUGCUUUGCAAGAAACAAAGGGGCAGUGGAGUUGGACCAACACUGACCACUUGGAUCUCCUGCACACUCCAGCUGCAUUGCUCUUCCCUGCACUUGGCCUCUGCCAGCAGCAGCUGUGCUGAGUGCAAGGUGAUGGCGUCCUGCAGUAGGCAGAGAUGAGUCACUCACUGCUGACACUUCCACCCAGCACCAAGGUGUGCAACCCCAAGAGGGGAAGGUCUGGGUCUCUAUCAGUUCUGGGCAUUGUACAGUCAGCACUGAAAACAGGCAGAACUCAUGCUUUUUACCUCUUCUGAAUGGUCCCAGCCUUCCCAGUGUCCCAGCUAUGUGUCCUUUUUAAUGGGGGGUUUCACUCCUUGCUCCAGCAAUGACAGCAACUGCCAGCAUGCAACCCUCCAGGGAAGACAUCUGCCUUUUGGCAGAGCACACAAGCAGAGCAGGGCUUCCCAGCCGCCGUGAGCCUGAUGUGAAGCUGCUGUGUUUGUGAGGGACUGAAGCAUGAACUGCCCCGCUGGUGCUAGCAGAUGUGAGCGACAAAGGAGGAGGAGGAAAACACUGAUAAUCAAAGAAAAAGAAAAUAUCAAAGAGUUAACCCCCCUGAGCAGGCAGCCUGAGGAACUAUUAAUGGUUAACUUUCUUUUAUCGUUGGGUAGGAGGAAGAAAUGCAAUUGCAAAGGGAAAGAUAAGUUUACUUUACUAAGCAAAUCUGUCAAUUACUCUGCCAGAUUAUCAUUGUUGUUAUUUGCUUUUCCCUCUCCGAAUGAUAAAAAGAAAACACGCAAAUAACCCUAAACCAUAGUCAUACCCCCUCCCUGCACACACACAAAAAAGAGGAUGCUAAACACAGCCUUUGAAACCCAUGAGGAUAAUUGAUGCUGUGACGCGCAGAAGCCCACAGGACUCCCGGGGAGCACAGGUAUAAGAGGAGGAGCGCACCUCCCCGGCAGGCAGAGGACAGCUGGGGGCAGGUCUGUGUGCUCCCUGCUCAGUGGGGUUCUGGGUUGGUGCAGGGGACGGCUCCGCAGCGCUCACAGACAGAGGAGAAGUCGUUCCCCUGUUGCAGACACAUCUGAGCAGGAGCUGAUCCAGGAAGGGCUCGUUUUGAGGGAACGGUGACUGCAAAGGGUGGAAGAUGCUGGAUAAGGCCACCCUGUUCCUGUUCCUGCAUUUAGUUGCAAGCUCCAUCUCCUUUCCUCUCUACCCAGCUCUCAGGUACAGCCCAGGACCUGUUACUGGCAAGUCUGUGAACUUCCAUCUCCUGGACCACAGCCUGCUGCAGAGCUAUAGUCCCUCAGCAGAGGAACAGGAAGAGGAGGGUUUGUUAACAGACCCCACUGAGAAAAGGAUGCAGCGCCACGCUGAUGCCAUAUUCACCGACAACUACCGCAAAUUCCUGGGGCAGAUUUCUGCUCGCAAAUUCUUACAGACCAUCAUUGGCAAGCGACUCAGAAACAGUGAGAGCAGUCCAGGAGAAGGGGUGCACGAGCUCCUGACAAGGCGCCAGUCAGACAGCAUCCUGAUGGACAGCCGUUACCACCAGCAGAUGGUUCUGAGGGACUUCUUGGGAGCCAUGCUGCAGCAUCAAAGGCCUCAGGAUGUGACCAACAGUCGGUUAGUGGGGUUUCCCAGCACCCUGGCUAAGUUCAUGUAAAUAUUUUUCCCUUUUUCGUCUCCCCCUGCUCUGAACGAUUCAGAGCUCGUGGAUCUAACUGUACAGUAAGCCAUUCACAGCAAUGAAGACAUUCCUGGAGGUGACCAGCUGAAGACUGAUGCAUACACUCCUCAAAUCUGCUGAAAGGAAUGCAGUUCUGAUGCACUACUUCAUUUACUUGUCUUUACUAUUUAAUUCCCCUCUCUAAACACUGGUUUGUGUAGUGAAUCAGAAAAAAACCACCAAACCUCUGUGGUUUAACCUCAGGCUGCUAGAAUAACCAGUGCACUUGUAAUCCUGGAGACAUUAAUUACUAAUUAAAGUUUUCAGAUCAUGAAGCGCAGCAAAAUUUCUGCCAAAUCAUCACUCUGCUAGAGGGCACAAUUAAUACACACAAGGCCACAAAAAGCACCUCUGGGCAAUUCAGUGAACUGCUUACAGCCUCCUCUAAACAGAUGCUGAUGGCACAACCACCCACAGUUCAGCACAGGGUGAGGUCAGACAUGAAUCCACACGUUUGCCACCCAUCACAAACACUGCUGUGGGCUGUUUGCUCCUGGAUAGAGCUCUGGCAGCAAAAUUGAAUAUACAAAGCUCGUUAUAAGCAGUCGCUGAUCAGCCUCAAGGUGUUUAAACCAAAGCUACAGCUUUGCUCUGCAAGAGUUAAGAUCUCUGUGCAUCAGAUUGGGCUGACACUGUUUUAAUUCAACGUGCCGUGCAGUGGCUCUGAAGUCCACCAUGGCUGUAGGGUUACAGCAGUAAAUGUUUGCACUAUCACUUACAAGUUAUUAGGACAGCAAUCUCUCACACAGCGACUUCCUUCCCUGUCACCCUUCUACUGUUUGUGUAAUAUUUAUGUCUUCUGAAAUGUAAAUAAUGUCAGGAUGGGGUCUGCACUCCCAUCAUUAGCAGGGAAUAAAAGUUGUUCUAAAUAAACCUGUUCAACAGCAGGUCAAGAUGACUCUUUGUCUGUUGAGACACUAACCUUUUGAUUGUGGGCACACAACGGAACACAGCACUCAAGGAGAGCUGGCGGGAGCACAGAAUACAACUCAGAGCUGUGCUCACAAAGGACCAGUGCCAACCACUCAGGACCAGGCUGGAAAUACACCUACACAUAAACACACUGGGGCCUCUUAAAGCAUCCUCCUUGCACCAGAACAAUUCCGUGCUCAUCUGCAGUAUACAUAUCAUCUCCUUUUCCCUGAAGUGAUCACGUUCUAGUAUAGUAGGCUCCAGCAUACGUGAAAAUGAGCUCCUACUUGCACCAAACCCCUACAGAUCACAUUCUCUCUGUUCAGAUUCCAAUUCUAGCACUAUAAAAAAAGUACCAACUGCCCAGCAGGUUGGAAAGGAACAAGGGGAUGUUGUACAUCAGUGAAGCUGUGACAGCAGCAAGUGCUCUAAUGGGUCAUCUGUAACCCUUACAGAGACAGGGAACUGUCACGGUGAGACACGACAUCCUUCUGCUUCACAGUGCAGCUGAAGAAUGACCUGCAACAGAAUGAACAACCUGAAGUCCUGGUUCAAUGAGUGCUUGUAAGGCUGUUCAGUCACACCAGCCAACAUGCCUGAAGCCAUUACAACUCCGUCCAAGGAAAGGAAUGUGGAAGAAAAAAAAAACCAAAAAAACCUCAUCCAAAGCAGCGGAUUCCUAUAGUAGAAAAUAAACAAGGUGACAAAAAAAAAAAAAAAUAAAAAUUACAAGUGUCAUAAAAAAAGGCUAAUUUGAAAGUUCAGUUGCUGUCAAAAUGAGGAAACAAAUGCUCAAACUCUGGCAGAUUAAAUGUUUGAAACAAAACAAAGUGUCUGAUGAAUAAAAGGCCAGAAGAAUAAAAGCAUCCUUUCCUAACAAAAAAGUAGAAAAAAAAAACACAAUAGCAACAAGCAGAGUUCAGGAAAUGCAUCGCAGUAGAACCACAUGGUUUUCUUUUUGCAUUGGUUCUUUUCUUCGAGAACGUGCCAGAGAUCUCCUAAGAGUCAAGUACUGGGAUCUCUGUCCUACUGGGAGCAGCAGCAGAAGAACAAGAUAUGACACAAAGCUGAUAGAUGUGUAGUAAAAACAAAACAAAACGAGGCUCCAAGGAACUCAACAGGGCGAAAAGGAAUCCCAGACUGUAUUACCACAAAUAGUAGCUUAACUAUUUCUUGGUUACAAUUCCAUUACUCCCAGAAGACUUAAAUCCAGCAUGAGAUCAGUCUUUUGAAGGAGUGCAGGAGAGUUCAUUAAAUCUGAGCCAUCUUCAGUGCCGAGUUCACCAAGAACAAAACGGCAGGAACUGGUAUGAGAAAGAGCAGACAUGGUGAGCUAAGCGUGAACGACUGCAGAGGGAAAGAGGCAACACGGCUGUCAGAAAGCAGAGCCGUGUCUCACACAUGUGAGGUGCUGUGGAGGAAUUGGCCCCGUGCCCCUCAGCCGCAUAUUUGCUGGCUGAUAUAAUUUUCUUGGAUUUCCAAGACGUUUCAUGAAGUUCCUCUGCCAAAAGGCCUUUAAAGAAACCCGUCUGACAUGGGACAAACGGGAGCCAACACAUGGAUGCAGGGGAGGGACCAGGA